AGGGUGCUGGUGUCCUUAUGCUGUGACACGUCAAAUGCGACUUCUCACAGAUCAAUUUCUUCCUAACUGCGCUCCUUUACAUCAUGUCGACUACUCCGCAGGGUAGUCUGCGCCAGCGGAAUGUGCCCGGUUCUUCUAAAAAGAAGAGUGGGAGCCCUGCUGGUACGGACUCGGAGGUCGAUAGCCUUGACAAACUCGUCAAGAAGCAGAUCGCUAGCCCUGCCUCUUCAGAACUAGACUACAAGAUCGCUUUCGUUGUCAUCACUGUCCUGGCUUUCAUUUCGAGAUUUUGGGGUAUUAGCCAUCCGAACGAGGUCGUCUUCGACGAGGUCCACUUCGGUAAAUUCGCAUCCUAUUACCUCGAGAGAACCUAUUUCUUCGAUGUUCACCCACCGUUCGGAAAAUUACUCUUUGCUCUUAUGGGAUGGCUUGUAGGAUAUGACGGACACUUCCAUUUCGAGAACAUCGGCGAUUCUUACAUUGCGAAUAAAGUCCCUUACGUGGCCUUUCGCGCUAUGCCCGCACUACUUGGCUCGUUGACCGUCUCUGUCACAUACCUUAUCAUGUGGGAAUCUGGAUAUAGCUUGCCCGCUUGUAUUGUUGCCGCUGGUCUCGUCUUGUUGGACAAUGCCCACAUAGGCCAGACCCGCUUGAUUUUACUGGAUGCUACGCUUGUACUUGCCAUGGCAUGUUGCCUGCUAUGCUAUAUCAAGUUCUACAAGUUAAGACAUGAGGCUUUCAGCCGCAAAUGGUGGAAAUGGCUUAUAUUGACCGGCUUUGCUCUUUCGUGCGACAUUUCCACGAAGUAUGUCGGCCUUUUCGCUUUUGUCACGAUCGGUUCUGCGGUUAUCAUUGACUUGUGGGAUUUACUGGAUGUUAAACGACCUGGUGGCGCAUUGAGCUUACGAGAAUUCGGAUAUCACUUCGGUGCUCGCGCUCUCGGACUGAUUGUGUUGCCUUUCCUAUUCUACUUGUUCUGGUUCCAGGUUCACUUUGCCAUUUUAACGCGAUCUGGCCCCGGUGACGAUUUCAUGACCCCCGAGUUCCAGGAAACAUUGUCCGACAACGUCAUGCUUGCAAAUUCCCUUAACAUUGAGUACUACGACACUAUCACGCUCCGACAUAAAGAAACCAAGGCAUAUCUACACAGUCACGAUGCAAAGUACCCUCUCCGUUAUGAUGAUGGUCGAGUUUCUAGUCAAGGUCAACAGGUUACGGGAUAUCCAUACAACGACACCAACAAUUAUUGGCAGGUUCUUCCCGUUGUCAAUGACAACCAGUUAGGCCGUCAUGUCAAGAAUCACGAACUUAUAAGACUGCGACACUUGGUGACUGAUACAGUCUUGCUGUCCCAUGAUGUUGCUUCUCCUUACUAUCCCACGAACCAGGAAUUUACUACUGUCUCUAUGGAGGACGCAUACGGAGGCCGCGCAGCGGAAACUCUCUUUGAGGUCAGAAUCGAGCAUGGCAAACCCAACCAAGACUUCAAGAGUGUUUCUAGCCAUUUCAAGCUUAUUCACAACCCUAGUAAGGUUGCGAUGUGGACCCAUACGAAGCCCCUUCCCGAAUGGGGCCACAAGCAACAGGAAAUCAACGGUAACAAGCAGAUCGCCCCUAGCUCCAAUGUAUGGAUUGUGGAGGACGUCCCAUCUGUUCAAGAAGAUUCUCCCCGCCGCCAGAAAGAAGAACGCCAGGUCAAGAGCCUACCUUUCCUUAGGAAAUGGUUUGAGUUGCAACGUUCCAUGUUCUGGCACAAUAACCAGUUGACCAGCAGCCACCCAUACGCUAGCCAGCCGUACCAAUGGCCGUUCCUACUACGGGGUGUCAGUUUCUGGACUCAGAACGAGACUCGCGAGCAGAUUUACUUCUUGGGUAACCCUAUUGGCUGGUGGAUUGCUAGCAGUUUGAUCGCGGUUUAUGCUGGAAUUAUCGGCGCCGACCAGGUCUCCUUACGCCGUGGUAUUGAUGCAUUGGAUCAUCGCACUCGCUCCCGUCUCUACAACUCUACUGGGUUCUUCUUCCUAGCUUGGGCUACGCAUUACUUCCCCUUCUACCUCAUGGGACGCCAGCUCUUCCUACACCACUACCUCCCUGCUCAUCUUACCUCAUGUCUCAUCGUCGGCGCCCUGUUGGAGUUCGUCUUUAACGCAGAGCCCUCCGCUGAGGAGCCGACGUACUACGAAAUCAAAUCGGGCAAGAAGCGCGCCCCCGGCCCUCGGCGACACAUCACCGCUCGAGAGCGGUUCGCCGGUCAGAGCAUGACCCCAGCAUGGAUCGCGUGUGGCGUUAUCCUGACUCUGGCUUUUGCCGGCUGGUACUUCUUCCUGCCGUUGACAUACGGUUACCCCGGCCUUAGCGUUGAUCAAGUCCUCCGACGCAAGUGGCUCGGAUACGACCUCCACUUCGCUAAAUAAAAAAGCGGAUAGACGUCAAAAUACUAGAUCCGGGCGAGAGGAUCAGAUGGCUAAUUGAAGUCAUAAUCUUGGUAUGUAAAACCAUAAUCACGCGUGGAGGGGACGGGGAUAGACAUACAAGGUGUACGAUUGAGCGACAUCUAUGGGGCGAACAAUGGAUAGGCUGGGCAGGCUUUGCGCGAAAACCCGGGGUGAUGGAAAUAUAAAAGGUCGCUUUUUUUGUCAUAAUG